AUGCAGGCAACAGCCUCAGCGGUGACAAAACCCGCCCCACCUAAAUCAUACAAUUUCAGCCUAGAGAAUAUGAAAAACACAAAGAUAUUCAAUAACCAACCGGCUUCUCCAUUGUACUCGGUGGUCACCGACGCGAAGUCAGACAAGCGGACAGACAUCUAUGAUGCUCGUGGCAAUCAUCUGUUGGCUCGGAUCGACAGAAGAGAUAUCCUGCCAGACACCAUCACGUUUCCUAACAGAAAUGGUGGCUCUUCAAUAAACCUUAGUAAAUGGCUGCAGAAAAGCAAGCUUGAGAACGGACAUCAUAUCCACUCCAUCGAGACUGCGCAUGGAACUUAUGUUUGGAAGUCGGACGCCGAUUACCGGCUUGCUUUAUAUCGGAAGGAUGACAUGUCCAAUCCUAUUGCGCACCUCCAACAGGGAACACGAACUCAAAACUUCGCAGUGAUCAUGCAGGGAGAAGCGGAGCUUAUUCGUGACGACGUCAUCAUAUCCUUCUUGAUUCUUGAACAACGCCUAAGAAUAUCUGAAAAGAACAUCGUCGUCGGCGGGGGCAAGUUCGAGCAAAAUCGAACGGUAUUGGGAUAUCACGUUGAUACACCGUGA